CAUCAGUUUUAUAUGCGGAGGAAAAAGUACUGUAUGAACUUUUUCCCUCCGCGAUUCGGCAAAACCGAUUACGACAGCGAUAGCGGAUUAUUUCGUAAAUAUUUACACCGUUUCGUCGCGCUCGAAAGUGGCCAAAGUGCGGUACAAAAUGGCCCGGAAGUUGUGCCGCGUCGGAAGUGAGUGAAUUUCGUCCCACCAGUCGGCGAUCAAGGCGAAAAAAAGUGAUUUUUCGUGUCCGACUCCCCAUUGCACGGCUGACCUGGACCAGAAGUGUUCAACCAGGCAGUCUAGUAACGCGAGACGCCAUUUUAGAAUUUUUUAUUUUGCCAGGCUACCUUGGAUGAAGGUUUUUCGUUUUGCUGUGCAGUGAAAAUUUGGUUCUACCUUCAAUGGAUGCAGUGUUUUUGGAGAAGUGUUUCGUUUGAAUAAUCGCUGGGCUGCAGCAAAAUAAAAGUGCACGGGAUGGGGUUUGUGAAGAAGAAUCAAAAUGCAGUUUGUCUGGUGGCUGAUACCCCGGAGUGGAAGCGGUGGUAGAGACAGCUAGUGGACAAGGACCAUUCACGCGUUGUAAUCCAAUUGGACAGUUGGUUGGGUAGUCAAAGGAAGAAAUUAGUUAGUGUGUUUGUAUUUGGAAUAGAGAACGAAGGAGCAAAUAAAACAUUGACCCAAUAGCAGCAGGCCCUGCUAAAUAAUGACGACAAUAAAAACGCCACCGGUUGAAUCGCAGCCACCUGGCAAAUCGCCUCUGUCGUCUUCGUCAUCAUCAUCGUCCUCGUCGGACUCAGACGAUGGAUCGGAUUCGUCGUCCGAUUCCGAUACCUCGUCGGUGGCAUCCACCAGUAAGACGAGUAGCAAACUUAGUACCGAUAAGCAGCAACAACAGCAACAGCAGCAGCAGCAACAACAACAACAGCUGCAGCAGCAGUUUAGUGUGAUGAGCUCUGACAGUGCCGGUCUCCGGAUGAAGAUCGCCAUCCCCCGUAAUCAAUCGAACUCAACACCACAGCCUUCGCCCUCUGGAACCGGUGCCACUGCCAUCAACACCCCGAAUCGUCCCGGAUCAUCGGCAAGUGAUGUACAGAAGCUAGCUCUAGCACCGGUGGCCGCAUCCUCUUCGGUUAGUCCAGCACCACCCGCAGCGAGUACACCGGUGGGUAGCGACAAAAUUCGUCCGGGAACGAGUUCUUCCCUGUCCAAACCGGAAAGUCGAACAUCGACCAGAAAAAGUAGCAAAAGCGAUUCCAGUUCCGGCAGCUCGUCGUGUUUCUCUAAUUUUUCCGAUACCGACAGCGACAGUAGUAGCAGCGAAAAUAAUGGCGAGGGUGGUUCCAAGAAGGAUGGAUCGAUUGGGACUGUGCCGAAGAAGCAGAAGUUUGUCAAGCGGAAGAAGAGUAAUCGCAGUGUUUCAACUACUAGCAGCAGUGACGGUAGUGACGAGUCCAGCGGUUCAGAUUCCAGCAGUGACGAGAAUCUGGAUAAGAUUAAAGAUUCCAGCAAGAAUGGUGGAAUACCUUCGACAUCCGGCGUGUUGCCACUGUCGACAUCUACUCCGGAGAAGGUCCCACUUACGGAUGCUAAUCCUACAUCAUCGCAAGCAGCGUCGAACUCGAUGCAGGAUGCCGAUGCUGGUUCCUCCUCUGAUAACGAGCUUCCUGCGUUGGUGAACGCCGCGAUUAUGCGAGUAGCCGAAAGCGGUUCCGAUGGUGAAAGCUGUCGAGGAACGCCAUCGGCAAUUCCUCAGUACACAUCUAGCUUACUACGAGAUUUUGUGGCAAAAACCAGUAUGCUCGGUAGCGGAGGAGGUUCAUCUGAGCCGACUGUUCCUGCUCCAAUAAGUACAGAGCUGCAUAAAAUCAAGACUGAAUCACCUGUGCCAAACCAAGGAGGUGGUACAAAUACGGUGGCCUCUAGUAGCAGCAGCAGCGCCAUCAGCAACAACGUCGUUAACGUCAACGGAGUAGCUUCUAAACCGACGACAAUUGUUCCAAUCAAACGAAGGGGACGCCCGCCUAAAUCGGCCGCAAACCCGGCUGCCAUCAUGGCUGCUAAAGCACCUACUCCAACGGUGAGUGAAUCUCCGGACUCGGGAAUACUAUCCACGCAUAGUUCUACCGGAUCCCCUAAAACGGAUAAGAAGGUUGCAGCUGUCAGCAACCAAAAACGACGUGUCGAAGUGGAACCAUGCAGCAGUGGAACAAGCAGUAAGAAUGUUCCGAUUAUUGCACCGCUCAACAAAUACACCAUAGCUAGCCUGGAUCGAAAUACGUACGCGACGGAAAGGGUUCUCUAUCCACCGAGGGGUAAAAAGAAAGUCGGUAGACCGCCGAAGGAGAAACCGGUGGCGGCGGCGGCCGCCGUCGAGGAUAAUCUGGAUCCGCUGUGGAAAAAGAUCGACAUCAGCCAAAAAUUCCACGAACCUCGACUGAGUGGUUAUAAAAGCGAUGGCGGUCAUUCGACGAUCUGCUGCAGUAAACGGUUGGCUUCGCAGAGUGGUUACAUCAGCGAUUACGGUGGUAGCGUUCGAAAAAGUCGCAUGUCCGGGUACAAAUCGGAUUGUAGUACGAAGUCGAGGAGGAGUUGUGGCUACAAAAGUGAUUACAGUGUGAAGGCGAAAAGUUGUGGGUAUCGGAGUGAUUGUAGUACGCGGCACCGGAAACAGGUUCGUCGGAAACGACGAAAGAAGCUGGCUCCGAAUAAUAAUAAUUUGAAUAAUAAAAAUUUUAAUCAGAGUGGGAAAUCUUCGAGUGUUAGCGAGCAGGAUAUACUGCAGUUGGCGGGGCUGACGCUGGGAAGUACGAGCGAGGAAAGUAGUAGUAGUCAAGAGUCGCUGUUGUCGGUCAAUGCGGAUGCACCGUUCAGUAAAGCGCUUAGAAUCUCGCACGAUCAAGUGAGCAGUAAAAGUAGUAUUCCAAGUUUACUUACGGUUAAGAAUCGUGUUAAUCAUUUGCUUCCAAUCAACAACUUUAAAGGUAUCUUUUCUUCUCUGAAUCGGUUCGGUAGCCUAGACACAUUUUCCUCCAACAUUAGCCCGAAGAAUUCGUUUGCUGCCUUUCUGAAGAAUAAUCGCAACAAAGAUAAUGGAAAGGUCAGCGUCAGGAAGCUGACUCUGUCCAAAGCUAAUGUAAUUAGAAACUCGGAGGAAUGCAGUAAACGAUUCCAGCGAAGUACCAGCCAAGAUUUGUUGAGUCGAAUCACCAACGCGGAUAUUCCGAAGGCUUCACCGGCCAAAUCCGUUUGUUCGAAGCUAAGUCGACGAAAGAGCUGUCACAGUGAUCGAGUGGAAACGGUUUCCGUUAAAAGCACGGGGACGACCAUUCGCCAGCGAAGGUUAAGUACGAUGAGUAGGUGUAGUAGUAGAUCUGCUGGAUCGAGACACCCCUGGAAGAAGAAGAAACGGAAGCGACUGCGGUCUAAUUCUGUGGCGGGGAAAUCGUCAGCGGACAUUAAACUUGGGGUGGAGAUCGAACGGUUGAAUGAGUCCUUUAGCAGUCAGUGUCGGAUCAGUUUAGAUGGGAAAGCCAAGGAUGGAUUGUUGGGGAUUGGAGCAGCUGCGUUGGCGGGUGCGGCGGCAGCUAAGAAUCAGGCAAAGGGUCGAUCGACGAAGAAGCGCAAGGCUUCGGAACAUGUUGAAUCUCCAUCUUCGACGGUGACGGGGACGAAGCGUCGCAACAAAAAAUCCAUGCCGACGCAGAGUCCUGACGAUCACAAGCUGCCACUGAAGAAGCGGCAUUAUCUGCUCAGCGAGCAGACGGCGAAGGUGAGCGAAAGCGGGGCAGAGAAAGAUGAUUCGAAGAGCGGUCAUUCGGUGAUUCAUGCCAGUGCGGCUGUAGGUGGUCGCAUGUCCACGAUGACGGUUGCUUCCAGUUCAUCGACUUCGGCCUCGGUGGCAACGUCUUCGAAGGAUCUCACGAAGGCGGUGACGCCGAAGAAACGACAUUUGCUCAAAUCACCGGAACCCGUGAUCACCGAAGAGAUUGUUCAAAUAAAAUCUAGCGAUUCUCCUUUGCCGGUUGAAACGAGAUCGUCGGAGGUCUCUACGGGAGAUUCUGGUCAUGGUUUGAGCAAGAAAAGCGAAGCGAUGUCGAGAAAGAAGAAUCGCUUGGAAGGUUUAGUAUCCAAGAUACAACCAACGGCUACGGUUACUGCGAUACUUGCGGAUAAUAAUAUUCUUGCCGCCACGAAUCAUCGAUCAACGCCUCACACUCGGCCUACUGUGAUCCAUACGUCAUCUUCCAAUGUUGGUUCUACAUCGACGGCAAAUGCACCCCCGCCGGGUAUUUUCGAGCCAACGGUCGAUCUGGAGCUGUCGAUACCUACUUCAAUCCCGUCUCUGAUUGCCAAGGUCGAACUUUUGGACAGUCCUCGUCUGAAGGAAACUAUUUCCAAGCUGGAAGGGGAAGAUCUCUCGCGAAAAGGUUCUGAGAAAGUCAUCGAAUCGCUUCUUACGAAAACAGGAGCCCAUUUGCUGCUGAAGAAAAAACGUAAGAAGCCCAACCGAACCGGGUUUCCGACGGUGAAAAAGAAGAAGAGGAAACUCGCCGACAAAGAUCCCUCGGAUGACGAACUUAAACCGGAGGUUGGUCCUGAACUGUUCGACUCGUCCAAUCUAACGAAACAUGUGCCAUCUGAAACGGAGAAGGUAGCGAAAGAGAAGCCCAAGGAAGCCCCGUCGAAGAAUUGUGAUCGAGUGCCUAAGGAGGGUGAACCGACUGAUACCUUUAUUGAACGGAACACGCGGCCUCGGCUGUCGGUUGUCAGUCUGGAACGUUUGCAAGGAAAAAUUCCGAUGAGUGCUGCUGGACGGGAACCGGGUUCGGCUGCAACAUCCGGUGGCAUUGGACGAAGACGAAAAUCAACUUUUGCGCCUCCACUGCCACCAUCGCCUCCGCCACCACCACCACCUGUUUCAGAACCAGAACCGGCACCUGAACCACCUGCAGAACGAAGACAACUCCGGGAAAAGUCUCGGGAUAAAAUUGAACCGGAUAGGAAGGAUACAAAGCCGAAAGAACGACGGUCACGUUCGGAAGUAGAUCCACCUGGAAAGCUUGGUAGGAGAGAUGUUUCCGAAAAGGAUCUUAGGCAGAAGGAAAAGCUUCCGGCUGUUCCCGAGAAGGUUCUUAAGCCUCGGGAGAAGCCAGUGGAAGCUACGCGCUUAGAGAAGGUGCCGAAACAAGGGGUCAAGACGUUGGAGUCAGUAGUCUCAGAGAAACCUGCCCGGAAGAAAGAGGUAGUCACGGAACCUCAGGUUGCGCAAGAAAAGGUUCCGAAGCAGAAGGACAAGCAGGAAGAAACCCCCAAGAGGGUGCUGAAACAAAAGGAGAAACAGGAAGAUCCUCCCAAGAAGGUUUUGAGACCAAAGGACAAGCCUCCGGAAACGGCACCGGAAAGCCUUUCGAAAGCGAAAAAUCUUACGAAACCGGAGAGCCUUCCGAAACCGGAAAGCAUUUCGAAAGUUGAAAGCCUUCCGAAGCAGGAGAGCCUUCCAAAACCGGAAAGCCUUCCGAAGCCGAGAAAUCUUCCGAAAUCAGAAUCCGCUCCGAAACCGGAAAGCCUUCCGAAAGCGAAAAAUCUUUCGAAAACAGAAAACCUUUCGAAACCGGAAAACCUUUCAAAGCCGGAAAACCUACCGAAACCAAGGAAUCAUUCGAAACCGGAAAGUCUUUCGAAACCGGAAACAUUUUCGAAACCAGAGCCCCUCCCGAAACCAGAGAACCUACCGAAGCCGGAUGUCCUUUCGAAACCGGAAAAUCCUCCUCCGGCGGCCGUAGCAAAACUGAACGAACAUUUAUCAAAAGACAAGGAGAAUAAGAAACUUUUGCCUCCUACCGUCAAGAAGGCCAAGGUUCUUACCGAGGAAAACGUACCCCUACCACCCCUACGUAGAACACGCAGCUCUUCCAUUGCGCUAGAUCCGGCCGAGCUGGCGGCGAAAAGGAAAGCCUGCCAAGAAAACGAAAUCGUACUGAAAAACGCCAUCAUCAAAUUGCAGCCCUGUUUGAUAUCGAACGAGGAUUCCGAUUCGCUAGAUUCCAUGCCGCUCCUGAAGCGCCUUCAGUAUCGCUCCAUAUCAAGACAACAGAAACAGGCAGUCCUUCCGGAAAUUCCCCCGCCGAUCGCCCCCAAAGCUUCGCCACCUCGACCAAGAGGACGACCACGAACUACUUCUCCAGCAGCUGCACCAGCCGAAAUUCCUCCCCUCCCUGUAACACCAACGCUGUCCGAACAACUAAGCAAGCUGCGCCGUUCACGAUUCAGCGUCAUUGACACAACGAGACGUCAAGAAACGGAGCCGCCGGCGUCGCCUUGCGUAAAGGAAACGCGAUCAGCGGCUGCUAGAAAAUCUUUUUCGAAAGAUUCGCUUCCGGAUCAGCAGCACUUGGACAUUCCGCCGGUGAAGAUAUUCAUUUCGAAAAAAGAUCAGAAAGCAGUGGCUUCUGCCGUUGCCGUGGAUAAACAAUUGGUUAAGGAGAUAAGUCCACAACCGGCGGAAAUGAGCAAGGAACAACCCAAGAAUCGAUCAUCCAGCAGAAUUGAUUCCGUAGAAAAACAACUGGAGAAGGAGAAAAAUUCGCAGCCGCCGGCACUCGUCGCCGAAAUUAGCAAGGAUCAUUCCAAGAACCGAUCAUCCAGCCGAAUCGAUGCCAGCGAAAAACAAUUGGUUAAGGAGAAAAGUCCACAACCGCCACCGACCAUCGUCGCAGAAGUGAGCAAGGAUCAUUCCAAAAGUCGAUCAUCCAGCCGAAUCGAUGCCGUCGUUGAUAAAAUUAGAAAGGAGCAGAAAAAACCCGAGGAACCGUCGACACCAUCGACGACACCCAAGCUAAAACGAGGAAAAAGUGAUGAUGUGAAACCAGAACCGGAAAAAUCGGCGAAAAAGUUAAAAAAGACUACGACGGAGCUAACAGCGCAGGAAGCGGUCGUCCCGUUGGUCCCCGUAGACGUCCACAAAUUCGAUGUAGAAGAAUCCAUCACUCAGCUGUCGAAAAUUCAGCCAGCUUCUUCCACGGAAGACCUCGAGCACGAUCCCCUCCCGGCGGACGAAGGACCUGCCGACUACUUCCGCGACGAAACCCCAUCACCCCCGGUGGAUCCGAAAACGAAAAAAGUUCCCCGCAAAAAAUACAUCACCGCCGGCCUGUUCUCCGAUUGCUACAAAGACGACGGUAAAGUGUCCGGUCGAAACAAUCCAAAGGUACAGCCGGAAACGCUUCUACCGCCACCGGCCUAUUGCGAGCGAUUUCUUCGUAGAACCCAACGGGACUUUCAGUUGCCUUACGAUCUGUGGUGGUUACACGACAACGGGAAGCUUACUGCUCGGCAUACCGUGGCCAGCUGGAACUACCGUAAGAUUCGAACGAAUGUGUACUACGACGUCAAACCGAAUCCGUCCACCGAUCAUCCGCAGUGUAACUGUAAGCCGGAUAGCGGCUGCCAAGAUGAUUGCCUUAACCGGCUGGUGUACGUAGAGUGUAUGACGGAGAACUGUCCCUGUGGCGAUCGCUGUCGGAAUACCAAGAUUCAACGACAUGAGUAUGCUCCCGGUUUGGAACGUUUCAUGACCGAACAAAAAGGUUGGGGUAUUCGCUCAAAAGAAGGCGUCAAAAAAGGAUCAUUCAUCAUGGAAUACCUCGGAGAGGUUGUCACCGAAAAAGAAUUCAAGGAACGAAUGCGAACCAUCUAUCUAACGGACAAUCAUCACUACUGUCUAAAUCUCACCGGUGGUCUAGUCAUCGACGGUCACCGAAUGGGCAGCGAUUGUCGUUUCGUAAAUCACUCCUGUGCACCAAACUGUGAAAUGCAAAAAUGGUCCGUCAAUGGACUGUUCCGAAUGGCUCUGUUCGCCUCCCGAGAUAUCCCAGCCAACGAAGAGCUUACGUACGAUUACAACUUUUCGUUGUUCAACCCUUCCGAAGGACAACCGUGCAAAUGCGGAACGGAACAGUGUCGAGGCGUUAUCGGUGGUAAAUCGCAGCGAGUCAAACCCCUUCCCGCCGUUGUUUCAGAAGUGAAAAAACCAGAAGCUGUCCCAUCGGCAGCCCCUGCUAAUCCUCCAGCGACAGUCGCCGAAAUCAGCCCACGAAGUGCCGCUCGAUCGCGAAAACGUCAAGCAAAAAAGAAUGCCCCUCUCACACAACUCAACGGUCAACCUUUGCCGAAUUUUGUCGCACCGACGUCGAAAGAACGGGUCCUGAUCGUGGAACAUCAUUGCUUCCUGAUGCGAAAUCUCAACAAGAUUCGGAAAUUGAAAGACCGUUCCCCCGAGCAUCCAUCUUCACAAUCGGCUAGUCCAGCCCCGGGACAGGUAGCCGGGGCUAAUGGGAAACCUUCGCUUGCAUCUCAAAUAUCUGCCUUACGUUGCCCACGCAAUAUGCGAACCCGCGGUCUUGCCUUCGUCGAAGACGAUCCCGAACUGGAGAAAAUUGCUCGGAUAGCCGUCGCACUAAAGGAACUCUGUAUCGAAAUUGCCAGUUUAAAAGACGAACGAGGUCAACUGUAUCAGAACCGACUGGCACCCCCGUCCAAAAAGAAGGUCCCCCUCUAUUACGAACGAAUACCACGUCCGAUCGAUCUAGCCCAGAUUCAGUCCAACAUCGAGCAGGGUACGUACAAGCAACCGAAAGUUUUCGAGGACGAUCUGCUGAUCAUGUUCGGCAAUGCAAUCAAAUACUACGGCAUCAAUUCCCCCGAAGGAAUCGCAUCGCAAACGUUGAAGGAACACUAUUUCACCUGCAAGCAGCGUCAGGUGGACAAACUGAUCGCUUACGUGGGUGAGCAGAAUGAACUUCUGCGAGGGUUCAUACCGAAGACCGAGCCGGAUGUGGUUGUACCGGUGAAGGGUGGUCGCGGGAAAUUCAAACAGGAACAAGCGGAGGAUAUCAUUCGAUGCAUUUGUGGACUGUUCAAGGACGAAGGUUUGAUGAUUCAGUGUUCCAAGUGUUUGGUUUGGCAGCACAUCGAAUGCACAAAAGCUGAUCCGGCGGUGGAGAACUACCUCUGCGAGAAGUGUUUGCCUCGGCCUGUGGACUAUGAAAUCACCCUAAACGAUUUCACAGAGGAAGGUUAUCAGUACUACAUUUCGCUGAUGCGAGGAAAUCUACAGAUUCGUCAGACCGAUACGGUGUACGUACUGCGAGACAUACCGAUGUCUCCGGAUCCGAAAAAUCCGGAUGCUCCACCGAGAAAGCACACGUACGAAACGAUCGGUCAGGUGGAUUACGCUGAAUGUGACAUCUUUCGGGUGGAGAGUUUGUGGAAGGAUAAGGAAGGUCGACGUUUUGUCUACGGUCAUCACUAUCUGAGACCGCACGAAACAUACCACGAACCAACCCGGCGGUUCUAUCCAAACGAGGUGAUGCGUGUGCCACUGUAUGAAGUUAUUCCUAUUGAGCUGGUGAUGGACCGCUGCUGGGUACUGGAUCCGGCUACGUUCUGCAAGGGCAGACCGGUGGACAGCUCGGAACCGCACGUGUACAUCUGCGAGCUGCGAGUGGACAAGAGUGCUCGGUUAUUCUCGAAAAUCUCACGGCAUGCGCAUCCGGUCUGCAUGAAAACUUAUGCCUUCCAGAAGUUUGAGCAGAGGCUGAAAAUUUCCAAGACUUUUGCGCCCCAUGACUUAGGAUCCCUAUCGCAUCUGCUGGCCGCAAAGGACCGGAAGAAGGGCACAAAAAAGGACGACGUCAAUUCUACAACCUCGGGAGCGUCCACUGUCAGUUCGAAGAAAAUGACGCCAGUUAUGCAACUACUGCCUCCUCCACCGAAGACUGACAGCAACAGUCCCGCAGGGGCGCUCGUACUACCUUCAAACGAGACCCUCGCCGAGAAACGCAACCGGCUGGAGGAAGUCCUGGGCCGCCUGAUGACAAAACUGAACACAAAUCCGGCUGCACUGCCCGUCGUGGACAUCAGCUAUCUGCUGACCGGACGAGGGGCUCGUCUGCGGAGAACAAUCGCUAAUUCCACUCCGGUUCCGAUUAUUUGAGAGUGGGUCAAGAAGCGCCGAAAGCGACGCAAAUGGAAGCGAUACUACGACUAAUCGGCGUCGUGCCGCCGCCUUCCAUGGCGGAUAUAUUGGAAUAAUAAUAUUCUUUUUACUAGACUUAAUCUCAGCGUGAAUUGUAAAUAUUAUGGACUUCAUUUAGAGUUAUUUUUAUCGUGUGAAAUUAAAUUAUUUCAAAUAUUUAUGAUGCAUUCGCAGAGAUUUGUUUAGAACAAAUAAACAUUGUUUUUGUUUACACUUUCAUUGUUUUUCUCUAUUACUUUAAUUAUGAUCAAUGCUAAAAUGCAUUAUUUAGCAUGCUUGACCUAGUUUAAUAUGUAUGUUCAAUCAAUCGCUGAGUUAAUCAAACACAAAGAAAGCUUAAAUUAUAAGAUUUCUGCAAUCAAGAGUUUUGUAGGUCACAAAAACUAUGAAAAUUUGAAGCAUACUCAUUCACGCCGUUAGACAAGUAUUACAACUCUAAAACAAAACAGAUACAAACUGCUACUUGAUUAAUAACUUAUUACUAGCCUAAGAAAACGUAGCAAGCAAAACAGGUAAUUUUUUCAAAACUUGUGGCAAUUGUAAAAAAAACCCUUUCGAAAUGGACUGAGCAUUGAGGAGAACAGUAGGAGUAGGAGUAAGCAAACGGGGAAAAAAUUAAUAUAUUUGAGGAACAACAUAGGUUGGUAGACAGAUUUUUUAGGUCCUAAUAGGCUGCACAGAACUUUAAAAAAAAGAAUAAGCAAAUUACUAGUGUCGAGUAACAAAACACGCAUCUGCUUUCUUGAAGCAAAAACAAAAAACAGAUUUUUGGUAAAACUACUCACUGUUGAUACAGCUGUGAAGACGAUACAGAAAAAAAAGAAUUAAUUUUAAA